UGAGACACAGGUGCAGCGUUGCCAGUUUGUUGUAUACAAGAUCUCAGUGAUUUUACUGGUUAACUUUGUGUCUAAAUAAGUAAUCAUACUCUGACCUGAAUUCAAUUUAACUGAAACUCUUUUACUUUUACUAAAAUAUGAUUUGUUGUAAAAUGAUCAGAGAGUUCAUUCCAUGGAGUAACUUUACAGUCCUAUUCAGCAUCGGACAAUGGAUUAACUGGAUUGACGGAUUAAACAUGGACAUCUUCUAUCUGUUCGUGCUCCUGCUUUCGUGCAGGAUUCAAGUAGUCGCAGGUCGGAUGAAGCUGUCGCCUGAAACACUAACCGUCCUGCGAGGAGAGGAGGCCCGUUUUACCUGCAGUGCCUCCAACACCCGGUGGACUGUUAUGGUGUGGCUGCUGAAUGGCACAGCGGUUCUCACCAUCGCAAAGGAUGGUGGUGUCCUGCCCUCCGUCAACCCAAAUGUGACGGCCGAGACAAGCUCCGUCUCACAUGGAGACAGCUGGGUGUUUGUCCUGAAGUUCACAGAGAGGCACGACCAGGGACCAGUGACCUGUGACCUCCAGGGCAUCGAUAGGAAAACAGCAAGCCUGUUUGUACAAGAAAAAGGCAGCGUGAAAGUCGUUGGGGAAGACAAGUUGGCUUUUAAGGGUCAGUCGGUCCCGUUUGAAUGCCAAGCAGCCGGAUGGUACCCUCCACCCACUUUGCAAUGGCAAGUGAAUGACAAAAAGGUGAACCAGGAUGAAUACAACACCAGCAGUGAAGAGUCAGGGAAGAGCCUCUUCACUGUAACCAGCAACCUCAGCGUUACGGCAGUGAAGAGCUCUCAUGUGGCUUGUCUGGCCUUCGUGUCUGCCCUCCUCACACCACUGAAGAGCAGCGUCGACAUUGCAGAGGUGCUGCAGGAGGAAGUUGACUGCACGCUCCCUCUGGCACUCACGGCCUCCCUCUCUGCUCUUCUGCUGCUCCUCCUGCUCUGCAUCUGCACCGUCCUCUGGCACAGGCGAAGGAGACAAGCAAAACCGAGCCCACAGGAGGCAAUAAGGUCCGACCAAUCGGUGAGCGGGAGACGCUCGGUUGCUGAGCAGACGGGAGGGAAGGUGAACCUGGGAUAUUCGAGCGAGGGCCCCACAGAUGCAGUUAACAAUGAGCUAAUCGUGGAAACUCGUAGGCAGGAGGACUUUGUCAGCUUUCACAAGGUCCCUGAUGUGGUGUCCUCCAGCAGCCUGUCGCUACACAAUAUGGCACCACCGCAGGUGUGUCUAUCAGAGGAAAACUCCAAGAAUGUCAGGAGAAUUACCACAGUUUGAAUUAUGAUAUGAAAUAUAAAAAGAAUGUGGUGUCAAUGAUGUACACUAUUGUACAGGACAGUAUUUACAGGUGGGCCACUCACCAUAAUGUUUGACAUUUUUGUAAAGUUGUAAGCUGAUGUUAUGUAAUCUUUAGCUAAAUGUGUGCAGCACAUUAUUUCUAAAAUAUAUUGUGAUGCCUUUAACUUUAAUGUAUCCUUGAACUGUUUUUAG